GCUCGACGCGCGUGGAUUGGAACCUUGGGAAACCUCAUCAUCAUCAAAGCUUCCCACUUUAACCCACCUUCCAUCAACCCAACCCAUCGUAUCGACUACCUCUACGUCUAAUUAGCCCGACAGAUACAACGUUGAUACAUAUACCAAAACGUCUGAAUAAUACGGCUUUAAUUCGAGCAAGAUGGCCAUGUUCAGCCAAAACCCCGUCCUCAACGGACCCAACUACUCCUUCGCCGAAGUUCCUAAAGAUGCCGUAGAUGGCCUACGAGAACAUCGUUUCAACCCAUACACCGACAACGGCGGCUCCACGCUCGCCAUCGCCGGCGCCGACUUCGCCAUCAUGGCGGGCGACACCCGUCUGACGUCGGGCUACAGCAUCAACACGCGGCACUCGCCCAAGGUGUUCAAGAUCGGCGGGUCGAACUCGUCGCAGGACGACGCCAACAUCCUGCUCUCGGUGGUCGGCUUCGCCGCCGACGGCGAGGCCCUCAAGGAGCGCCUCGACGCCAUCUGCAAGAUGUACCGCUACCGCCACGGCAAGCCCAUGUCCGUCAACGCCUGCGCCAAGCGCCUGUCCACCAUCAUGUACCAGAAGCGCUUCUUUCCCUAUUACGUCUACGCCAUCCUCGGCGGCCUCGACGAGGAGGGCAAGGGCGCCGUCUACAGCUACGACCCCGUCGGCAGCUACGAGCGCGAGCAGUGCCGCGCCGGCGGCGCCGCCGGAAGCUUGAUCAUGCCCUUCCUCGACAACCAGGUCAACUUCAAGAACCAGUACAUCCCCGGAAGCGGCGUCGGCCACGAGCUGCAGGAGCGGGAGCGCGUGCCGCUGCCGAGGAACGAGGUGGAGAUCCUAGUCAAGGAUGCGUUCGACUCCGCGGUCGAACGACAUAUCGAAGUCGGUGACGCUCUGCAGAUGAUGGUCAUUACCAAGGAUGGCAUUGAGGAGAAGAUUCUCCCGUUGAAGAAGGACUAAAGGAGUAACCACUGCUCCGGUUCAGGCGGCUGUGUACCAUAUCAUAGGCAACGGAGUUCCUGGGGUCUAAAUAAAUCAUGAUUGAUCAUCGAUGCUUGAGGUUAAGCCUGCUCUAUUUCAGCAAAUGGCUAAUUUCUACGGAACUUGGAAAAGCCACUCGAGCAUCCAAUGCUUCACCUGCUCAUGCGUUGCCAUAGAUAAUCCGGUGCUCCCCCGGUUUCUGCAACCCGGGGGUUGGUACAUACGACUCUAUUGAUAGAUAGAUCCUUUAGGGUCAAGGUCAGCAAGACACUUGAAUCCAGGUCAAGUAUUAUUGACCUCGGCUUAUCUCCAAAA